AUGAGAUCGAAAUACAAAGAUUCGCUGGACAAGGCCCGGCGGAAGGCGGCACAGGAGGCUGCGAGGUUACGCGCGCGUGCCUCUGGGCCGAGCGCGUGUAACCCGAGCCGUCGCGCGCGCGGGGCGGUGCAUACGCCUCGGCGUGGGACCGCCCGGGUCGCCACCGUCGGCAAAACCCGCUUUCAUCCCGUGAUCUACCCGGUCAAGCCUCCUACGAGCGUCGCGACGUCGGCAGGCGUUCUCCCGGCGGCAGCUUCGGGUAUAAAACCGACGGGCCGCCCGUCGCUGGACACACUUCGAUUUUGUCCGCUUCUUGAGUACUACAUCACUACUCCCGUGGGUACCGAGUGCGGUGCGCGGUCUGAACGCCGCCCCGACGCGCCGUCUCAACGACGGCGAUGUUGUGGGCGACGUAACGGACAGGCGAUCCGGGAAGCGGGAAGGGGGAAGGGGAAGGACACCCGGGACCCGCAAUCUCGCUAUUAUGCGAGGAGCCGCUACCACUCGGGGGCUGGGAUGAGGGGAAGCAGGGGGGCAACCUUUCUCCACAACCCCCCGCGAGAAAUCCAUUUAAGUUUGCUGGCGCACAGCCGUGCGUGGCGAGGCCGGGGGAGGGGGAAGGGGAGGAGGAGGAAGAGAAGGAGGCGAGACGGGGAGGGGCGGAAGGGGGCGGGGCGCCGCUCCUCGCCAUCCUACUCUGCAAGGCGGCGAGAUGCACCGGACGAAGGGAGGACUUCGGUAAUGAUGUUUUCCCGAAGCCGGGUCCUUCUUCGCAUCCUUGCGAAAUUCUUUGAGGAGAAGGAGCGGGGUGCGAUUUGUGCCGUUUUAUUCCGCUGGCAAAUUGGCUUCAUUCCUUUAUUGGAGGUUCUCCAGCGCUGCAACUCGACUGAGCCGCAGACCCUCCGCGUGUUAUUUGUUGUGGCGUGA